GCUCAUUUAACAAUCAGAAAUUGUAAAUUUUGUUGAUUAUUUGUUACCUAUCAUCAAGCAAGCACUUGAAAUAAUAGUAGCAUUGAAUGAAACAAACUAUUAAAAUUAUAAACCUGCAUUUUGAAGGUGAUAUCAGUUAUUACUACAAUUUAUUAACCUUGGAGAAAGGCUACACCUUUCAAUAAUAUUAUUUGUUCCAACUUUAUUAACGUUUAACUGUACUCUGAGAUUAUCCAUAAGAAUUAAAUCGGCAUCACAUGAAUACAACACAUAGCAAAAUAAUAAUUUAUUUUAUUUAUACGUGCCAUUAAUUAUUAUUAUCGACAGGUGUAUCAUUAUGUCUGGAAACAUUUUCACCGUCACAACAACCACCAAAACGACAGUUCCAGCCGAUUUUGAAACCGCUAUUACCGCAACCGAUUUCGGAAAAUUUAACUUUUACUUUGUUUUGCUAAUCCUUGUUUCAGGAUGGGCUUGCGGCUUUGAAAGCAGCACAAUGGCUUAUAUUCUUCCGGUAGCGCAGUGUGAUCUUGAUUUGAGUCUUGAAGACAAAGGUUUAUUGAAUGCGAUUACAUAUUCGGGAAUGAUUUCAAGUGCUGUUAUUUGGGGAUUUCUCUUUGAUACCCUUGGACGCAGAAAACUCCUAAUGAUCGGGUUUUCCUUGGACUUUAUCUGCGUAGUCAUAAGUUCCUUAUCCCAAAACAAAGAAGUGUUGCUAGCGUCGAAUUUUUUUGGUGGUUUUAUCAUAAAUGGCCCAUAUGCCGCACUAUCAACUUAUGUUUCUGAAUUUCAUUCAAAUAAAUACAGAGGACGGAUGCAGUUAAUGAUAGCUGUGAGUUUUUCUUGCGGAGGCAUCGUCUUACCCCUUCUGGCUUGGGGUAUUUUACCACAAGAAUUAAAUUUGAAAAUAUCCGACACAUUUACUAUUUACUCGUGGAACAUUUUACUUUUCUUGUAUAGUAUUCCAUCGCUUGUAAGUGCGAUUAUAUUUGUUUUCGUCCCAGAAAGCCCAAAAUUUCUGAUGACUGUCGGCGAAAACGAAAAAGCUUUGAAAAUAUUCCAGAAAAUUUAUUCAAUAAACAGCGGACAACCACCAAAGACAUUUCCAAUUACAGAGUUGGUAGAUGAAGUUAGUCUCAAGAAAAAAGACCCGAACGAACACGGAGGACAAGUUACUGCUAAACGAAGUCAGUCGCAAGCUUUGCAGGAAGGGUGGCAACAAAUCAAACCAUUAUUUUUUCCUCCUCACUUAAAAAACAUAAUUUUUGUUUGUCUGAUUCAAACUCUGUUCACAAUGACCGUUAACACGAUGAGACUUUGGUUACCACAAAUAUUCCAAGCUUUGAAUGAUUACCAAUAUUAUUACAACGUGUCGUCUGCUGAUCUUUGCGAAAGUUUAGAAAUGAUCAAAAGUUCAAAUGUUACAAGUGAUGAAUGCCAAGUCAAUUCGGACAAUUCCUCAGUUUACACAAACGGUUUAAUUGUAGCAGUUGUUACCCUUGUAGGUGAUUUUAGUGCAAGCUUUUUUAUCAAUAAAGUUGGGAAAAAAACACUUCUCUUCGUUUUAGGAAUAUUAGCUGGAGGAUUUGAAAUCACCAUUUAUUUCUCCAUGAAUACAGCGUUCGCAGUUGCGUUUUCAUCACUGUUUGCUACUUUUACACACAUCGCAGCCAAUGUUUGUAUUGUAGUCAUUAUUAAUUUAUUCCCAACGACUUUAAGGACAAUGUCACUAGCUUUAGCUCUAAUGUGUGCUAGAAUUGGUUCAAUGACUGGAAAUCUAAUAUUUCCCUUACUCAUUCGGACAGGUUGUGGGCCACCUUUUUUCACAAUAGCAGCGCUAGUUUUUGCUUGUGCUUUUUUGUCCCUGUUACUACCAAACACCGACUCCAAGGCGCUGGAAUAAACUUUGGAAUGAUGUUUCAAUUUUAUUGUGUAAAAAUUUUGUAAAUACCAUUCCUGUUAUAAAAAGUAAAAGAAAGUUUUCUA